GUUUCCCCGGGAAGACGCUUUGGCGCGGAAUCUGUUGUUGUGACCGAAGAAUUCGUGCAAAUAUUGUGAGUCUGCUUAGGUGGACUAAUGGCUCCAGUUUCAAAUCCCGACAAAGACAUGGACAGUCCAACCACUGAUUCUGGGGAUGGCUGCGGACUCGCUGCUACCCGCUCCAGGAGGGAGAAGAGGGAGAAAGUUGGGCGCAAAUCAGCCCUGGAGCAGCUGAAGAGGGCCAAGAAGGGCGAGAAAGUGAAGUAUGAGCUGGAGGAGUUUGAGAACGUGUAUGAGGAAGUGGACGAGGCUCAGUACUCCCGCAUGGUGCGGGAGCGACAGGACGAUGAUUGGAUCAUUGACGAUGACGGGAUGGGCUACGUGGAGGAUGGUAGAGAGAUCUUUGAUGAAGAGCUGGCUGAUGAUGCUCUGAAGCAGGGUGCGAACGGGAGAGCAGGAGGUAAAGCAGGAGAUGCCAAAGACAAGAAGAACGCAAAGAAAGUGUCCCUGGCCAAACCCAACAGCAUCAAGAGCAUGUUCAUGAACAGCAACGUCAAGAAGCCAGCUGAGAAAGAUGUUGAUCUGUCCAAAGACGACUUAUUGGGUGACCUUUUGCAAGACCUGCAUUCAGAGAAACCCGCCCUCCUCACGCCCCCACCAGUGGUCACACUGAAGAAGAAGAAGACCGUGGGGUCCCCCAUGAACCCCUUCUCCAUCAGGCCGCAGCCCCCAAAGGAGAUGCUGCCUGCUCCGGGGUCAAAGGUGAAAUCAUCAGCCUCGGCGGCACCCUCGGCGCCAGCGAGAAGGCCUCAACCCCAGGCCCCCAAAGCAGCCCAUGUGGCCAAGGCCAUUAAAGUGGAGGAGCCAGAGGAGGAAGAGGAGGCGCCGCUGCAGUUUGACGAGGUCGACUUUGACGAGCCGAUGGAGGAGGGUGCGGAGGACGCCGCAGACGUGGUGGUGAAGGUCGAGGCCAAAGCCGAGCCAGAGGUCAAACCUGCCGUGAAGGUCGAGCCCAAGAGUGAGCCGCACGAUGCUCUGCUCAUGUCGGGGUUGGCGGGUGGCUGGGCCAAGAUGGAGGAGGACGGGGAGGCCGGGGAGGCGCCCGUGGAGGUGCAGGUGGACGCCAGCCGGCUCCCCCUGGUGGACGGACCCGACGGGGACAAGGUGUUCCGCUUCUACUGGCUGGACGCCUUCGAGGACCAGUACAGCCAACCAGGUGUGGUGUUCCUGUUCGGUAAGGUGUGGAUCGAGUCCGCACGAGCCCACGUGAGCUGCUGUGUGGCCGUGAGGAACAUCGAGAGAACCAUGUACCUUCUGCCUAGAGAACACAAGGUCAACUUGGCUACCGGGGAGGAGACGGACCAACCGGUCGGCCUGAUGGACGUGUAUCAGGAGUUCAGCAGCCUCUCGGAGAAGUACAAGAUCAUGAAGUUCAAGUCCAAGAAAGUGGAGAAGAGCUACGCCUUUGAGAUCCCAGAUAUCCCCACGCAGAGCGAGUACCUGGAAGUGAGAUACUCGGCGGAGGUGCCGGCGUUGCCCUCGGAUCUGAAGGGUUCCACAUUCUCCCACGUGUUCGGCUCCAACACGUCCAGCCUAGAACACUUCCUCCUCAGCAGGAAGAUCCGAGGACCCUGCUGGCUCGACAUCAAAACCCCACAGCUGACCAAUCAGGCGCUGAGCUGGUGUAAGGUGGAGGCGGUGGCCCUGAAGAGCGAGCUGGUUUCCGUGGUGAAGGACCUGUCCCCUCCCCCCCUCAUCGUCAUGUCCCUCAGCCUGAAGACCGUGCAGAACCCCAAGACCCAUCACAACGAGAUCGUGUCGCUGGCCGCGCUGGUCCAUCACCAGUUCCCGCUGGACAAGGCUCCGCCGCGGCCGCCGUUCCAGACGCACUUCUGCGUGAUCAGCAAACCGAAUGACUGCAUCUUCCCGUAUGACUUCAAAGAUGCCGUAAGGAAGAAGAAUGCCAAAGUGGAGAUUGCCGGAACAGAGCGAGCACUGCUGGGAUUCUUCCUGGCUAAGAUGCACAAGAUCGAUCCUGAUGUUUUGGUGGGUCAUGACAUCUUGGGCUUUGACCUGGAAGUACUCCUGCAGAGGAUCAGCUUUUGCAAAGUACCUCAUUGGUCGAAGAUCGGACGUCUGCGUCGGGCCAACAUGCCGAAAUUGGGGGGUCGUAGUGGCUUUGCAGAGAAGACCGCCACCUGUGGCCGCUUAGUGUGUGACGUCGAGAUCUCGGCCAAGGAGCUGAUUCGCUGUAAGAGCUACCACCUGACGGAACUGGCGUCUCAGGUGUUGAAGACGGAACGUGCUGUGAUUCCUCAGGAGAACAUUCGGAACUUCUACGGCGACUCUCCUCACCUGCUCUAUGUGAUGGAGCUCACCUGGAUGGACGCGAAGCUGAUCCUGCAGAUCAUGUGCGAGUUGAACGUGCUGCCGCUCGCUCUGCAGAUCACCAAUAUCGCCGGAAAUGUCCUGUCUCGUACCCUGAUGGGCGGUCGGGCGGAGCGGAACGAGUUCCUGCUGCUCCACGCCUUCCACGAGAAGAACUACGUCGUUCCAGACAAGCAGACCUUCAAGAAGCCCCAGCACGAGCUGGCAGAAGAUGAAGAUGAGGAUGGUGCAGGUAAAGGGGGCCCGAAGAAGGUGAGGAAGAAGGCUGCAUAUGCUGGAGGACUGGUGUUGGAUCCCAAAGUGGGGUUCUAUGAUAAGUUCAUCCUGCUGCUGGACUUCAACAGUCUGUACCCGUCCAUCAUCCAGGAGUUCAACAUCUGCUUCACCACCAUCCAGAGGGUGGCCUCUGCCCUGCGCAAGAAAGGACAAGAGAAUGAUGACGCAGAUGAGAUUCCCGAGGUUCCGGACUCCGACCUGGAGAUGGGAGUUCUUCCCAAGGAGAUCCGUAAGCUGGUGGAGCGCCGUCGGCAGGUGAAACAGCUGAUGAAGCAGCCGGACCUCAACCCCGACCUUUACAUGCAGUAUGACAUCAGGCAGAAGGCUCUGAAGCUAACGGCUAACAGCAUGUACGGCUGCCUUGGCUUCUCCUACAGCCGCUUCUACGCCAAGCCGCUAGCCGCCCUCGUCACGCACAAAGGCAGAGAGAUCCUGAUGCAUACCAAAGACUUGGUGCAGAGGAUGAACCUGGAGGUAAUUUAUGGCGACACGGAUUCCAUCAUGAUUAACACCAACAGCACCAACCUGGACGAAGUCUACAAACUUGGCAACAAGGUGAAGAGUGAGGUGAACAAGCUGUACAAGCUGCUGGAGAUCGAUAUCGACGGCGUGUUCAAGUCGCUGCUGCUGCUGAAGAAGAAGAAGUACGCGGCGCUGAUGGUGGAGAACCACGGCGACGGCCGCUUCAGCACCAAGCAGGAGCUCAAGGGCCUGGACAUCGUGCGCCGGGACUGGUGCGGCCUCGCCAAGGAGUGCGGCAACUUCGUGAUUGGUCAGAUUCUGUCUGACCAGAGCAGAGACUCCAUCGUGGAGAACAUCCAGAAGCACCUGAUCGAGACCGGCGAGAAGGUGGCCAGCGGCGACGUGCCGCUCAACAUGUUCGAGAUUCACAAGUCUCUGACUAAAGACCCUCAGGACUACCCGGAUAAGAAGAGUCUCCCCCACGUGCACGUGGCUCUGUGGAUCAACUCUCAGGGGGGCAAGAAGGUCAAAGCUGGGGACACCAUCUCCUACGUCAUCUGCCAGGACGGCUCUAACCUGGGUGCGAGCCAGCGUGCGUACGCCCUGGAGCAGCUGCAGAAGCAGGAGAGCCUCACGCUGGACACGCAGUACUACCUGGCCCAGCAGGUGCACCCGGUGGUGGGACGCAUCUGCGACCCCAUCGAGGGCAUCGACGGCGUGCUCAUCGCCACGUGGCUAGGGCUGGACCCCAGUCAGUUCCGGGCGCAGCAGCGGCUGCAGCGGGAGGACGAGACGGACGGCCUGUUGGGGGCGCCGGCACAGCUGACGGACGAGGAGCGCUACCGCGACUGCGAGAGGUUCUCCUUCACCUGCCCCCAGUGCAGCACCGAGAACAUCUACGACAACGUCUUCCAAGGAGCGGGGACGCUGAUUGAGCCGAGUCUGCUGCGAUGCUGCCAUGUGUCCUGUGGGGGGCGCCCUGUGGACCAGCACACCCAGAUCAGCAACAAGCUGCUGCUGGACAUCCGCCGCCACAUCAGGAAGUACUACAGCGGCUGGCUGCACUGUGAGGACCAGGCCUGUCCCCACCGCUCGCGUCGACUGCCCAUCUUCUUCUCCCGCAGCGGCCCCGUCUGUCCCAGCUGCUCCAAGUACACACUCAGGCCAGAGUAUUCUGAGAAGGCCCUGUACAACCAGCUGAGCUUCUACAGGUUCAUCUUUGAUUGGGAUCACGCCUUCAACAAGGUCCUCACACCAGAAGAUAGAGGGAUGGUGAAGGGCCGCUGGGCCCCGGAGCGGCAGGUGUACAAGAAGCUGAAGGACUCGGUGGACCGGGCUCUGGCCUCCAGCAGCUACUCGGAGGUGAACCUGGCCAAGCUGUUCCAGGCCUUCACAGUGCUCAAGUAGCGCUGCCGCGUCUCCUCUCCCUCCGCAGCAUGGGGGCCUGGCCUGUUGGGGGCGCUAGAGGCCCACUAGCCUGCUCCGCCCUGAUGCUGCUGAGACUCCAAAUCAGAAGCUCUCCACGCUGUGCUGUCACCUCAGGUUUCAAAUUCAGCUUUAUGUAUUUAACAGAACAAAGUCUCCAUUCCAAGGACCGGGUGCUAUUGUUUUUAUUGACGAACCCUCCCGACGAAGCCUCCCUUAAUCCCGCACAUGUUCUAGCGCCGGCCCCGUGCCGUGAGAGGAGAACGGCUCCAGUUAUCGGGCAGAAUCUCAUCUGAAUCAGGUCAUGGUGGAGUGCCGUCGCCUAUUAAACAGCGGCGGCGUUGCCCUCUCCUGGUGGCAUUUAAGAGACUGCAUGGUGUGGACGAGGCACAUGUGAACACGCUUGGGAGGUCAAAGGUCGUGCUCUAAUGGCGGCGGGGUGUGUAAUGACCACGUCUCUGGCCGUCUCUGGCCAUCUCGGGCUGUUUGAGUCCGAAUCAAUCACCGUGACCCCCCACGUUCUCAUCGUCCGUCCAGUUCUUCUCCAUCUCUUUUAAUCGGCGGCGAUUCCCUGGCCAAACUGGCUCGUCAUGAGAGGAUAAAGAGCCUCUCAGCUAGACCCCCUCCGCAUCACACAUGCCGUAAAAUACCCUAUGCACUUUCCCCCCUAUACACACUCACACACACACACACACACACACACACACACGUACCCCGGGAGUGUCCAAGGGAAUAUCAAUCACGACUAAGUUUCGGGCAGAUUGGAGCGCUCGCAGGUCUGCCUGAUGGGAUCUGUGGAUCCCUGCCCUGUAAUGACAUCUCUCAUCACACACACACACACACACACACACACACACACACACACACACACACACACACCACUACAACCCCAGUCCCAUUCACUGCUCAGCAAUUAGCCAAUGACAUACAAUGCCUACAAUGCCUUUGAUUCUGGAGAUGUUUCUCCCAAUUUCACUGUGAUUGGACACUUGUUAGAAUGAGUCUCGUUCGGUGCCUUUAGGGCUUUUUGACUAAAGGGGGGGG